UAGCCGGCCGCUAACCAUCAAUGUGCUUUUCGGGAAUAAAAUGGCAGAAUGUACUGUAUAUAUGUUCGUCACUUUUGAGUUGAUUUCCCAUUUAAAAAGUUGACUUUCGAGAUAGUUUGUUUCCCUCUUGAGUGUGUUGUGUUGAUUGGAGGGUUCACAUGCCGGUAACCCGCACACCUGUCAAUCAACCGAUUAGCGCUAAUGCUAAGUAAGCUUCUUACCUGAGUACACGGAUGGGACUUUUUCUGUUUGGACUGUCACCGAAUGAAUGGAGCCAGACGUUCUGACCUAUCAGCACGCAGCAGCUCGCCCUCCGUCGGACGAUGACGCCGACCCGCCGUUCCGCCUCAAGUGCAGCUUUCUUCACCAGGUGGAAGAGCCCGGCACCCUGCCUUUGUCCCUCGCCAACGGGUUUCGGGACACCCCCGGGGAGGAGGCGGGAUUCGCCGAUUUCGCCGUGUUUGCCGACCAGGCGGCCCACCCGUGGUGUUGCGGCUUCGCGGGAGCUACGACGCCUUCAAACGCUCUGAGGGAAGCGCGGGACGUCAUCACGGACUCCGAACCCAGGUCAUCUCGGCGCCGCCUCCGUCUCAGGACUCAAGACGCUCCCCAAAUGGCGCCCGCCUCAGAGGAUCAGGACUCCCUGUCAUUCAAGGGUACGUCGGAGAACUCGGAACCCAAGUUGUCCUCGCUCGCGUCACGUGAGGAUCACACCGAAGAAGACUGCGAAGAACACGAAGUGGACGACGCGUGUUCCGCAUCUCAGGGAACGUCUCCUACCUCGACGCGGUCCUCGCAAUUCCUUGCCGACGACUCCAGCGGCGCACGAGGUCUCCCCGCGAGCGACAGCUUCGCAGAUUUCUGCUCGGCCACCGCACAGCAAGACGCUUGCCAAAUGUGGGCCCACUUUAAAGACCACCACGACAACCGAACCCAACAACUCCUCCGGUCAUCUUUCCCCAAGACGGAGGUCCCACCUGUGGGCCAGGAGGCUGAGGCUGAGGCUGAGGAGGAGGUGCCCAGCUUGGAGGCGCUGCUUCAUCCUCGACAUCUCCUUGACCGCGAGGAGGGCGCUGAUGAGCGGGCCCGGCCAGACUUUUGGCUCGCCCACCGGGACGCGCGCUUGGUUGCGGGCCUCAAGUUCCAGUGGGGCUCCUCCCACACCAAAAGGACGCUCCUCAGGUGUCUCGGCGUGGCCUCCACCAGCGAAGACUGUUACCCACAACACACGCUCACCAGCCACAAGACCCAAACUCACUCACGCGGGCCUCCCAAUCAACUCAAUGCUACUAUGCGCUAGAGUUAUUGAAUAUUCUUCUGCAAUGGAAAAGACGCAACUUAACUGUUCUCUUCCCCCCCAUACACACACACACACCUAGCGGAGCAGCCCAUGCCUUAACGGUUCUCAGGUGGUCCUCAUCCUCUUAGGUCACGCGGGAGAGUUGUCGCAGAAACAUUGAACAGUGUUAUUUAAGGAUUUGCACUUUUUUUUUUUUUUUAAAACAUUUGUAGUCAUUUUAUUUUAUUGUAUUAUUCAGAGGCGUCACGGUGGCGCAGCCUCACUGUUCUGAGGACGCGGGUUCAAAUCCCGUGUUUGCAUGUUCUCCCCGUGCCUGCGUGGCUUGUCUACCGGUUUCCUCCCAUAUCCCAAAAACACGCAACAUGAAUUGGAGCCUCUAAAUUGCUCCAAGGUGCGAUUGUGAGCGCGGCGGUCGUCUGUCUCGGUGUGCCCUGCGAUUGGCUGGCGACCAGUUCAGGGCGUACCCCGCCUCCUUCCCGAUGACACCAGCACUCCUGUGACCCUCGUGAGGAUAAGCGGCUCAUAAAAUGGAUGGAUGCACUAUUUGGACAGUGUGGAACCUUUUCUGGCAUCUGUGAAUGAUUCAGUGAUUGCAUUUGCUAAUCAAAAGAAAGCACUUGGCUGUGACGAGGACAAUGCAAACUCAAAAUGGUUGCACGCCACUAACCUCAGCGUUACAACUUUCUAUGUCGUCAACUUUAAUGGGUCCACGCCCUGCGUCUGUUAUUUUCUAUUUCCUGUCCACUGAAGUAUGGAGCGUACAGGCGUGUCAAUUUCAGUGUUUCAUCCUAAAAAUGUUCCUGUCAUUGCAAAUAUUUAUUUCCCUCCUUUGAUAACUUAUGCCUUUUAUAUGCCACCAAUUGUAUCCCCCCCAAAAAACGAUUUAUUUUUUUUAUUUGGGCUCGUUUCUACUUGACAAAUUGUUUUUAAGUGUUCAGGUUUACCGCUUCAAUCCAAAUGGCAUGCACUGCACUCAAAGGUCUAUCAUGCAAAAAUGUAAAUACAAAAAUAAAUCAGUGGCUUGUUUCACAUUUCUCCAACAGUUCUGCAACUCCUUGUAUUGUGUUGUAUUUUUUUUU